AUGAACGAGGCGGACGCGACGAGGGUGGCCAAGGAGGAGGGGUGCUGGCUGCGGAGCUCUAUCAGGACGAUCACGUACGCCGCCUUCGCCGCCGGGAUGCUCAUCCUCAUCCUCGCCUCCAGGUUCCUCCACCUGGGCCUCCGGCGCCUCCGCCAGCCGCGGAUCGUCUCCGAGUUCAUCGUGCGUUCUUCUUCUUCUUCUUCUUCUUCUUCCUCUCCGCGGCGGGGGCGCUCACUUAUCCGCGGCGGCGCAGGUGGGUCUGGUCGUGGGGAACUCUAGGAUCCUGAGGAUGAUCCUAGACAGUCACGCGCCGAGCACUCUUGAGGCCUUCGCCCAGAUAACAAGAGCGUCCUACAUGUUCGUCAACGGGCUGGAGAUGGACGCCGGCAACAUCCUCCGCCGGCCGGGGCGCGACGCCAUCGUCGCCUACGCCGGCACCGCCGCGGGGGUCGUCUUCUUCCUCGCCAUGCACCGCCCACUCUUCCACAGGGAGAUGCUCUCCAUGGUCCAGAUGGAGAACGGCGCCGCCGCCCUCAUCGUGGCACUGCUGCUGGCCAACACCUCCUCCUCCGUCCUCACCCGCCUCACCACCGAGCUCAAGAUCAGCAAGUCCGACAUCGGGCGGCUCACGGUCAACGCCGGCAUCCACAACGACAUGGUCACUAGCCUCCUCCUAUGCUUCCUCUCCGCCGCCGCCUACGGCGGCGGGGGAGAGGACGAGAAGAAGGCCGCCCACUUGUUGACGCCCAGCAUGGGACUCGAGUGGGCGGUGGCGCGAGCGCUGCUCGCCGCCGUCGAGCUCGCCGUUCAGGCGUGCCUGAUCCUGAAGGUGGCGCCGCCGCUCAUGGGGUGGGUCAACGAGAGGAAUCCCGAGGGGAAGAGGAUGAAGGGGCUCGACCUGAGCCUCUCGCUACUCUUCCUUGGUGGUCUCUGCUUCCUCUUCAGCCGCCUCUUCUUCGAGCUCUCCGCCACCGCAUUCCUGGUGGGGCUCUUCCUGCCGAGAGAAGGCCGGCUCUCCACCACCCUCAUCAGGAACUUCAACUUCUACCUCAGCGCCGCGGGGCUCCCUCUCUACCUCUGCUCAGCCGGUCUCAAAACCGACCUCCACGCCUGGAGCGGCGUCUCCGUUGGCCGCACCCGCUGGACCUGGGCCUCCUCCUUCUCCAUGCUUGCCGCCCUCUUCGCCGUCUCCACUGCCGGCAAGGUCCUCGGCACGCUCCUCUCCGCCCUUCGCUACGGCUUCCGCUUCCCCGAGGCCCUCGCCCUCGGCCUCCUCCUCAACGUCAAGGGCCACCUCCACAUAUUCUGCACCGUCCUCGCCAGGGAGAAGAAGGUGAUCAACGAGCACGCCGCUCUGGUGAUGCUGCUGCUGGUCAUGAGCACCAUCGUCUUCAUUCCGCUGGUGGUGGCGGCGAUCGUGUGGCGGGCGAGGAGGAAGGGGCGGGGCCGCCGGAUGGCGCUGCAGUGGCACGACCCCGCGGCGGAGCUCCGCGUGGUGGUGGGCAUCCACGGUCCCCACAACGUGCCUGCCAUGAUAGCCCUCGUCGAGGCCACCAGGGGGGGGAAAUCUCAGGGCCCUCUCGCCGUCUACGCCAUGGACCUGGUGGAGCUCACCGAAAGGGCGGGGGCGGCGCUGGUGCGGGGCCAUCAUGGAGCCCUCGACGCCGUCACCGUCAACGACGAGGCCAUCAGGGAGUCGAGCGCCGUCACCACGCGAGCCCUCGAGGCCUACGCCGUCGACAGCGGCCUCACAGUCCGCCGGCUGCUCACCGUCUCCCACUUCUCUAACAUGCACGUCGACAUCUGCAACAGCGCCGAGGACACCCUUGCCGUCCUCGUCGUCCUCCCCUUCCACCGCCGCCAGCGCCUCGACGGCGGCAUGGACCCUGGCCACCCCGGCUUCCGCCAGGUCAACGAGAAGGUACACUUAUCUAUCGGUAUCUAGGCUGCAAUAGGGGUUCAAGCAACGGGGAGUUAUAAUUAAUCCAUGGGUCCCUCUUUUGGCUCUCUCUGUCUCUCUCUAGGUGAUGAAGCAUGCGCCAUGCACUGUGGGGAUACUGGUGGAUAGGGGGCUGGGGGGGCCGCAGGGGGCGUCGGCGUCGUACGCGACGAGGCGCAUAGCAGUGGUAUUCGUCGGCGGGUGCGACGACAGGGAGGCGCUGUUCUACGCCGGCAGGGUGGCGCAGCACCCGGGAGUGCAGGUCACCGCCAUCAGGUUCCUUCACGACGCCGCCGGCGGCGGCGGAGGGCAAGAGGCGGAGACGCGGGUGGACGACGCGUGCUUCGCGGAGUUCUACGAGCGGCACGUCGCCGGCGGCGGCGACGGGGUGGCGUACGUGGAGAAGUACGUGGCGAACGGGGCGGAGACGGUGGCGGCGCUGCGGGCGAUGGAGCCGCUGUACGACCUGUUCGUGGUGGGGAGGGGCGGUGCUCGGAGCGCCGCCAUGACGUCGGGGCUGAGCGACUGGGAGGAGUGCCCCGAGCUGGGGCCCAUCGGGGACAUCCUCUCCUCCUCCGACGCCUCCGCCACCGCCUCCGUCCUCGUCAUCCAGCAGCACGCGACCAAGUGCCCCCUCCCCGCCGCCGACCCAGACUUCGCCGUCAUCUAG